AUGGGGGAGCUUCCCGCCGCUCGAGUUAAUCCGUCGCCGCCGUUCGCACAUAUCGGCGUGGACUACGCCGGUCCAUUUAAUAUUCUCCCGUUCGUCGGGCGCGGGCAGAAGACCCGAAAACAUUACGUCGCUUUAUUCGUCUGUCUGGCCACGCGAGCCGUGCACCUCGAGAUGGUCGAGGAUUAUUCCGCUGACGGAUUCCUGUCCGCGUUCCGCAGAUUUUCGAGUCGCCGCGGGUUACCGCGUCGCAUGUACAGCGAUAACGGCACCAACUUCCAUGGCGCCGAUCGUGAACUCCAACGGCAAUUCCAAUCAAUGAUGCACGAUCCUGCGAUACGGGAUUCCAUAGCCGUCGACAAAGUCGACUGGGAGUUUAUCCCGUUGGCCGCUCCGCAUUUCGGCGGGCUGUGGGAGGCCGGAGUGAAGAGCUUCAAAGGUCAUCUGAGGCGAGCCAUCGGGGCUCGCACGAUCUCGCGGGCUGAAUUUGCGACACUUCUUUGUCAGAUCGAGGCAUGUCUGAAUUCCCGACCGAUUGCUGCUCUUAGCGACGACCCUAGCGAUAUGUCCGCGCUCACGCCCGGACACUUCUUAAUCGGGCGACCGUUAAUCGCCGGGCCGGAAGAGUCCGUACUCGAGAUCAACGCGGAUCGCCUUUCCCACUGGCAGCUCGUCAGCUCCAUGCGGGAGCAAUUCUGA